GAGAAUGUAUCAGAUCUUAAAAUCUUCGGAAGAGAGGCGUCUUGAUAAACGUCCUUUCGUUUUGAAUUUGAAAUUUGAAGAUUUCUCAAAAAAGCGAAAAUGAGAGAAUGCAUAUCGAUCCACAUUGGUCAGGCCGGUAUUCAGGUCGGAAAUGCAUGCUGGGAACUUUACUGCCUUGAGCAUGGCAUUCAGCCUGAUGGCCAGAUGCCAGGCGACAAGACAGUUGGAGGAGGUGAUGAUGCAUUCAACACCUUCUUCAGUGAAACUGGAGCUGGAAAGCAUGUUCCCCGUGCUGUCUUUGUGGAUCUUGAGCCUACUGUCAUUGAUGAAGUCAGGACAGGAACAUACAGGCAACUCUUUCACCCUGAGCAGCUCAUCAGUGGCAAAGAAGAUGCAGCCAACAACUUUGCCCGUGGACAUUAUACAAUUGGAAAGGAGAUAGUUGAUCUCUGCUUGGAUCGUAUCAGGAAGCUUGCCGAUAACUGUACUGGUCUUCAAGGUUUCCUGGUUUUCAAUGCUGUUGGUGGUGGAACUGGUUCAGGUCUUGGGUCACUUCUGCUGGAGCGUCUCUCUGUGGACUAUGGAAAGAAAUCAAAACUUGGUUUCACCAUUUAUCCAUCACCACAGGUCUCAACAUCUGUGGUGGAACCUUACAACAGUGUCCUGUCAACCCACUCCCUUCUUGAGCACACUGAUGUCGCAAUUCUUCUUGACAAUGAGGCUAUAUAUGACAUUUGCAGGCGCUCAUUGGACAUUGAGCGUCCCACAUACACCAAUCUUAACCGUCUUAUUUCACAGGUUAUCUCUUCACUUACUGCUUCUUUGAGGUUUGAUGGAGCCCUGAAUGUUGAUGUCAAUGAAUUCCAGACCAACCUUGUUCCCUACCCUAGGAUUCAUUUUAUGCUUUCAUCCUAUGCUCCUGUCAUUUCAGCCGAGAAAGCCUACCAUGAGCAGCUGUCAGUUGCAGAGAUCACCAACAGUGCUUUUGAGCCAUCUUCCAUGAUGGUCAAGUGUGAUCCUCGCCACGGCAAGUACAUGGCUUGCUGCCUUAUGUUCCGUGGUGAUGUUGUGCCAAAGGAUGUGAAUGCUGCUGUGGCUACCAUCAAGACUAAGCGCACCAUCCAAUUUGUUGACUGGUGCCCUACUGGAUUCAAGUGUGGUAUCAACUAUCAGCCACCAACUGUUGUUCCUGGAGGUGAUCUUGCCAAGGUGCAAAGGGCUGUAUGUAUGAUUUCCAACUCAACCAGUGUUGCUGAGGUCUUCUCACGCAUUGACCACAAGUUUGAUCUGAUGUAUGCCAAGCGUGCUUUUGUGCACUGGUAUGUUGGUGAGGGUAUGGAGGAAGGUGAGUUCAGUGAAGCACGUGAAGAUCUAGCUGCUUUGGAAAAGGAUUAUGAGGAGGUUGGUGCUGAUUUGGUAGAAGGAGAGGAUGAUGAUCACGAGGAAUACUAAACACAUGAUGGCUUUGUUUGUUGGUUUGUAUUUUCCUUUGGGUGUUCUUCAAAUGCUGCACUUAGAUACAUCACUGCUAUUUUGUAUUUUAAUGGUGUCUUGUUUGCUGAAAUGAAUUCUUAUGCUAUGAAAAGUUAAACGUACUUGUUUGAUUAAACUGUUUUGCGUUUU